AUGGCGCCCAAGACGACCGUCGCCUACCGCUCCUUUGAUCAGGAGAAAGCUUUCAUCUCUCCUGAUCCGACGUCGCCCUGCAGAUACACAAUCAAACAAGGCUUCGUCCAUGGCAUGCAAGCAGAAGGUCACGUGUACAUCAACGACUCGCUGCGCUCGCUGCUGUUCGACGAGCUGCGGCAGUACGUGGCGCAGUCAGGGAAGGGCGGCGGCCCCCCGAGCGGCUUCUUGCCCGCGCUCAAACAAGUCGGAAACGUCGCGGCGCUUCCGGGAAUCGUGGGAAAAAGCAUCGGCUUGCCCGACAUCCACGCCGGAUACGGCUUCGCGAUCGGAAACGUGGCGGCAUUCGACAUGGACGACCCGAAGGCUGUGGUCUCGCCGGGUGGCGUCGGCUUCGACAUCAACUGCGGAGUGCGACUGCUGCGCACGAACCUCCAAGAGGAAGACGUCGCCGACAAGAAGGAGCAACUCGCACAAGCUCUGUUCGACCACAUCCCAGUCGGCGUCGGCUCGCAGGGCAUCAUCCCCUGCAGAGGCCCGGAGCUCGAGGCGGCGCUGGAGCUGGGCAUGGACUGGUCGCUGCGCGAGGGCUACGCCUGGGCGGAGGACAAGGAGCACUGCGAAGAGUUCGGUCGCAUGCUGCAGGCGAACCCGACAAAGGUCUCCGCGCGCGCCAAGAAGCGCGGCCUGCCGCAGAUGGGGACGCUCGGCGCCGGCAACCACUACUGCGAAAUUCAGGUCGUCGAUGAGAUCUACGACGCAUACGCUGCACGGCGAAUGGGCAUUGAGCGCGAGAAGCAAGUCUGCGUGAUGAUUCACUCCGGCAGCCGCGGCCUAGGCCACCAGGUGGCGACGGAUGCCCUGGUCGCGAUGGAGGCAGCGAUGAGUCGAGACAAAAUCGAGACCAACGACCGGCAACUCGCCUGCUCACGCAUCAACUCGCCCGAGGGGCAAGACUAUUUGGCGGCGAUGGCUGCUGCGGCGAACUACGCGUGGGUGAACCGGAGUUCGAUUGCGUUCCUUGCGCGUGAGGCGUUCGCGAAAGUGAUGAAGCAAGCGCCGGAUGACCUCGACAUGCACAUGGUCUACGAUGUGUCUCACAACAUUGCCAAAGUCGAGGAGCACUACGUGGGCGGUUCGCCGAAGCGGCUGUUGGUGCAUCGGAAGGGCUCGACGCGGGCGUUUCCCCCGCACCACCCGCUGCUCGCGUGCGACUUCCAGAUGACUGGGCAGCCAGUCCUGAUCGGGGGGACGAUGGGGACUUGCAGCUACGUGCUCACGGGGACGGAGAAGGGCAUGAAGGAGACUUGGGGCAGCACCUGCCACGGCGCGGGUCGCGCCAAGAGCCGCAACCAGGCGCGCAACAACCUGCAGUACGCCGACGUGAUUCUCGCUCUCGAAGAGCGCGGCGUCUCGAUUCGCGUGGCCUCGCCCAAGUUGAUCAUGGAGGAGGCGCCGGAGAGCUACAAGGACGUGAGCGCCGUCGUGCAGACCUGCCACGACGCAGGCAUCUCCAACAAGUGUGUGAAGCUGCGCCCUAUUGCCGUCAUUAAAGGAUAA